AUGGACAAAGACAACGCCAACCCUGCCAUCCUCAACCCGAGCGACCUUCCCUCUCGCCGCGGCGCCUCCCAACAAUCAACCGCCCGCGCCGGCCUCUUCGACGGCCUCAUCCCCUCCUACCCCCACUACGACAACCUCACAACCUCGACCUCCUCCUUCCCAGCACCAAUCCCAUCAAACUCCUCAGACGACUCAAUCUCCGACGACGAUGACCUCCGCGAGGAAAUCGACGAGCAGGAAAUCUUCGACCUGAUAAGCACAAUCUCGGACCCGGAACAUCCUUUAUCAUUGGGCUCGUUGGCUGUGGUGUCGUUGCCUGAUAUCUUCAUCUUGCCGCCUGCGUCGCCUACGUCCAAGAUUUCCACUGUGAAGGUUCUGGUUACGCCUACGAUUACUCAUUGCUCGUUGGCUACUGUUAUCGGUCUGGGUGUACGUGUGAGAUUGGAGCAGUCGCUUCCUCCUAGAUUCAGAGUGGAUGUGAGAAUCAAGGAGGGCACUCAUGCCAGUGACGAGGCCACCAACAAGCAGUUGGGCGACAAGGAGCGUGUUGCUGCUGCCAUGGAGAAUGGCACUCUGGUCGGCGUCAUAAAGAAGAUGUUGAGCACAUGCGAAUAG